AUGAGUAGUUUGGUAAAUUCGAUGGCCAAAGCAAAUCUAGAUGAGUUUGAAGAAACUUCAUCAGAGCAUCUUUCUGAGACGGAUGUGAAUGCUUCGAAAGACGAUGAAAGUGAUUCAAGUGAUACAGAUGCCGAAGACGAUUCGGAAAGUGACGAAGAUCAUGGUGGUGAAGAUAGCGAAGAUUAUGGAGACGGUCCAAAAAGUGAUAAAGGUGAUUCCGAAGACGCUGAAGGUGAAAAUAGAGCGGCAUUGCAGUCCUCAUUAGUUUACAACAGUCUAUGGACGGCAAACUUCUGUCCUCCUCCGAUACGAGAGUUUCAAAAAUCAAGAAAGUGUUUUGGCGUAUAA